AGCUCCCGGAAAAAAAAAAAGGCAGGAAAAUUCGGACGAUUGGAUAUCGCUGUGGUGUUGCCAAAGCUCGAAUUUUUCCUAUCCAUUGCUGGCGAGGUUGGAGAAAAUCGGUGAAGGAAUCAGAGGAGAAGAAGUAGUAGGGAGGUGUUAGGUUGGUUCUUGGUUUGGUUGGUCGGAGGAGGAGGAAGAGGAGGAGAUGGAGAGGAAGGUGGUGGUGGUGUGCGCGGCGGUGGGCUUCCUCGGCGUCCUGUCGGCGGCGCUCGGAUUCGCGGCGGAGGGCACCCGCGUCAAGGUUUCAGAUGUGCAAACGAAUUCACCUGGUGAAUGUAUAUACCCAAGAAGCCCAGCCUUAGCCCUAGGGUUAAUAUCCGCGGUUGCUCUUAUGGUUGCCCAGUCUAUUAUAAAUACAGUUGCUGGUUGCAUCUGUUGUAAGAGGCACCCAGUUCCCUCAGACACUAACUGGAGUGUAGCUCUGAUCUCAUUCAUCGUGUCUUGGGCCACUUUCAUAAUCGCAUUCCUUCUCCUGCUGACUGGAGCUGCGCUUAACGAUCAAAGGGGUGAGGAGAACAUGUACUUCGGCAGCUUCUGCUACGUUGUCAAGCCUGGGGUCUUCUCAGGAGGAGCAGUGCUCUCACUUGCCAGUGUGGCACUGGCUAUAGUUUACUAUGUUGCCCUAUCAUCGUCGAAAAGUCCACCAAAUUGGGGCCCCCAGCAGAACCAAGGCAUUGCCAUGGGCCAGCCUGUGAUCCCACCACAGAGCAGCGAACCGGUGUUUGUCCAUGAGGACACCUACAAUCGGCAGCAAUUCCCAUAGAUUAUGAUCUAAGCCGUUUCGAGGGCCACUUUGAUACAUUAUGUCCUUAUGUUUGGUUUGUAUAGGCCUCCAGGUUAGAACAGUAGCGGUAACAAUUGUUGUUAGGUAGUAGAAUCAUGUUUUUCUUUCUUCUCCCACUCUUGAGCAAUACUGUUGCACGUUCUGCUUCAUCACAGCGGAUAUUCGAUUUUACAUGAACUGGGUAAUGUUGAAGAAAGCUUGGUUGUGAUGGUUUGCAAAUCCUGAUGUUCUUU